UUAUGAUUACAACUUUUUUUUUUUUUUAUAAAUGAUUAGUAUUUAAAUUCCAUUAUCAGAAUGUGCUCAUUUAAUUUGAUUCGACCAGUAGCAUAAUCCUCAAACUUCUCUGCUAUUAGCAUCUAGCAGUGAAGAAAUUGAAAAUCAAGGUCCAAUUGAAAAACCUAAUCCCCAUAACCAAAAAAGUGAAAAACCGAAAACCCUCUCCGUGAUCGAAAUCGAAAGUUCCGACAACAGCAUGGCUUGUUCAAUCAACUCUGCCACCACCACCAUCGCCACCACCGCCGCCAGCACACUUGAACUCGAACACAUUCCCUUGACACAACGCCUACGGCUCUUGCAUUCCCGCAGUGGCUAUUCCGACACACCAAGCUUGCUCACGCCCCCGGUUGAUAUUAUUGCCAAAAAGGAACAUGAGGAUUCUGAUUUACAGGUAACAUGUCGCACGGAUCAAACUAAUGUUAGGGAAGAGGAGAAAACUAGUAUCAACACUAGCAGUUUCUCCCAGAAUCCAAUACAUUGUGAUGUUCCUACUGCUGUAAAGGUUGAAGAUUCUGAUAUUGAUGAUGGUAGAAAAACAUCUCUUCAAUCAGAUUUUCCUGCCCCGAAGGUAAAACAGGAGAUUUCUGAAGACAUUGUUGAUGAUCUAGAUCAUAUGGUACUGAAAGAACGGUUAAGGUUGCUUCUGGCCAGGAAGCCUCCAGGAUUGUCAACUCCAAUUUCCGAGAGUGGUGGUGGAGGUUUGUUGGAGAACAUUAACAAACAAUGUGGGGAAAAAUUAAAUGAAGAGAUUCAUUCUGCUGAUGGUAAAGCAGAAAUGGGUAGAGAUCAGUGUAAUGACAUACCCGAAGCUAGUAAAAUUUCGCUGCCUGAGUUGCCAGCUGCAGGCCUUCAAGAACAUGAUAUAUUAAAAUCUGGAGCAACGGUGAAGCAACUUGAUUCACAUGAGGAACAAGGUGUUGCAGCUAUAAAGAAAGAUGGCUCCAGUAGUUCAACUUGUCGAAUCUCUGUCAAGGUGAAGGAUGAACCUUGGGACAGCAGCGAAUUCCAUAAUGUCAAUGAGGAAAUUAUGGGUAGCAUCUCUACAGAACUCCCAAAUGUAAAAAGUGAAUGGGAGGUCCAGGAUGUUAAUACUGAUGAUCUAGUGGAACAUAUUAGCUUAAUUGAUAGAUUAAAUUUUCUCAAGUCUGGAGAUGAUUCUAGUUUAAAUAGUUCCAAUAGCUACUCGUUUUUCAAGAAGUCUGGGUUUUCUUCCUUUACAUAUAGCUCUAAUGCCUCAGAAUCUCCAGAUACUAUAAGCAUCAAGCGACUGCGGAAAAGGAAAAGAACAGCAACUGAUUCAGUUCAAACGGCACUCGAGGAGGAUGCUCCCGGGCUACUGCAGGUGUUACUCAACAAAGGUGUAUUAGUAGAUGAAAUUAAGCUUUAUGGAGAGACUGAGAAUGAUGAAGAUCUGGAUGAGUCAUCAUGUGAAGAUGGUUUUUCAGAGCUUGAGGCUGUGAUUUCGAAGAUUUUCUUUCAGCGCCAGUCUUAUAUAAAGUUCCCUAUCGUUCGCGCUGCAAAGACUUCAAGAGCAAAUUAUUGUUUAGCUUGUCUAAUCUCGCUUGUGGAGCAGUCACGAUACCUGCAAUUUCGAAAUUGGCCUGCCGAGUGGGGUUGGUGCCGAGACCUUCAAUCGUUUAUUUUUGUAUUUGAGAAACAUAACAGGAUAGUGCUGGAACGCCCUGAAUAUGGUUAUGCGACCUACUUCUUCGAGUUGAUACGCUCCUUACCUGUUGAAUGGCAGAUCAAGCGAUUGGUGAUUGCUAUGAAACUGUCAAAUUGUAGCAGAAUUUCCCUUAUCGAGGACAAAGAAUUAGUGGUUGGUGAACAUUUGAGUGAAGGGGAGGCCAAGGUGUUGAUGGAAUAUGGUUGGACCCCAAAUACUGGCUUGGGAACAAUGCUUAACUACCGUGACAGAGUUGUGCAUGAUAGGAAGAACGAGAAGGAGAGUUCCGAGUGGCGGUCAAAAAUAGGUAAGUUGCUGAUGAAUGGCUUCAACGGCGGGACUAUAGUGACGGAAAACGUCCCCAAGAAAGUCGAAGAGUUUAUUCGCGCUCGAAGCCCUGACGUAAAGCUUGAAGAAUCUGACAUCUGAUUAGAGGUUAACUUGUGCAUAUAGUGUGUUCCAUAGAUCUUGGUACUUUUGUAUCAUAUUAGAGACUGAGACCUUGUUAAUGAUUCUGACUUAGCAGUUUAUUGUGAAAACUCAAGCAUUGUUUCUUCAAAAA